AGGAAACGGGGUGGGACGUCAUUCAGGUACCCCCGUCGCCUCAUUGUUCGAUUGUCAGUCGGCCGAUCUCGACCUCCCCUCUCUGUGUUUGUGCCUCGUUUUUACUGAAUGUGUGUGAGGGUGUUCAGACUCGUUAGCAUCAUGGCACGUUGGUGGUUAUGUUCAAUUAUCGUGCUCCUCACCAUGUUUUUAAGCAUCGUGAUCGUGAAAGCUGAACGACACCACAGCGAUUCAAUUGUUCAACUUUUAAAGGAAAGGGAUCAACUCGAAGUCGCUCAUGCCAUGCUGAGAAAUUACAAAGCCAAAUUGAUGAAAUCGCCUUUUAGUGAUCAUGCCAACAACAUGGGUCCUCCUGUUUGGGUUGGGGAAGCACCGCCAAACGUACUAAAUGGGCAGGAUGUCUUAUGGGAGCCGGAUAUGAACGAAACGUUUACCGACGGGCCCGUAAAACGCACCGGACAUUCACAUCACAUUAAUCGAUUAGUACGAUCUCGGAACGAGCCCUUAUCUGAAGAAAUUUGCAAAACAAACAGGUACUGGAAACAAAUCAACGAGACACGUGACAUUUACGGACAAGAAGUGCGGAUAGUCCACAGCACAGAAUUCCGACAAUUUGCUUUCGUUUACGAAUGCAUCAGAGAGGGAGAACCAUGUUCGGGUAUAUCGGAGCAACUGCAAUCAACUUGCGAGAUGAGGCCUGGUUGGGCCAACAUGUUACACGUAAAGCUAUCGGCACUCGACGCCAGUUUGGCACCGCAAUGGGGUUACGUUGCCGUGCCACAUCACUGUGCCUGUAGAAUUUAUCCUCGAGUCAACCCAUUUAUCCCGUAACCACACAUUACUUAAUUUGAUUUUUAAAAUUUUUUUCUUCCGGGCAAAACAAAAAGUGAUGAAUAAAAAAAGAUUUCUUCAA